AUGGCUCAACCUCUGCCUCUUGCUUCCUUGUCCGCAACAAAACUCAGAGCCCUCAAGACCUCGGAGACCAUCGUGAUCCUGUACAAGCAGACCGCCGACGCCGAGCCUCUGAUUCUGUGCGAAGCCUUUCCUAAAGCGGUUGCCACGACCUUCUCGACCAAAUGGAAGUUGGACUUUCCUCCAAUCAACAAGAUGAAGGUGGCCGAUCUUCAGAAACCAGCAAGGAAAUCAGUCAGUGUGGUCGGUGGUCGGUUCAACAUCCACAAGGCCAUCCUCGGCUGGAUGUUAUCCUGCUGUAAUGGCAAAGGAAUCCAGCGAUUCCCAUACCCAACCCACAAGGCAUUCACCUACUUGUACUUGGCUCGGGCUUGUGCUGCCAUCAUUGGGUGUGAGUAUCUUGAACAGGAAGUGAGCAAAGCCAUGGAGCGUAUGGCGCAUACUCAGAUCCACUCUGAAGAUGUCCGAGCGUUGUACCUGCUCACUCCUCCGGACAACGACAUGAAGAAGUUCCUCGCCGAGCAUGUGGCGUCUCGCAUCUGGGAAAAGAGACUCAAGGCGAAAGGGGCAUACACGACACUGAGAGAAGAGAUACCAGAAUUCAACAAGGCCAUUGACGACAUUCUGCACGGGAAGAAGGAAGAGAGAGAAAAGGAGAAGUUGCCAAGGGCGGCAAACGACAAGUCAAUUUUGGCUAGUCACAAUCAGGCCUGGCGUUCCAAUAAAGCGCAGGGUUGUCGAGGAGAGAUGGGACAGGGAAAGACGCCAAAACUGAAAGGGGAGGCAGUCAAAACUGCAAGCGUGGAAUAA